GCUCCACCACUAAUCACACAUUAACAUAACUAGCUAGUAGGAGCUAAUAUAGCUUGCUACAUAAUUCGCCUUUGAUUUAUCAUACAUCCGGAAUUGCAAAUCUUCAAGAAACAAACGCAAGAUUCAUAGACGGUGCAAAACGGGAAACAACAUUACGGUCACACACAGCUAUUGUGGCCUCUUCUUGCAUUCAACUGACAGGCUGUUUUGGCUAGGUAGCGAAACCAACGAUUGCAAACUCUGCCUUGGCUAGCGUCAGGCUAGCCAGCUAGCUAGCUAGCUACUAACGUCGCUAACGGUGGUUAGCUAGCUAGCGAGCUGUAGUAACUUGCGUCAUGGAUGAACUGGUCGUGGAAGUGAGGGGAACAAGUGGGGCCUUUUAUAAGGCUUUUGUGAAGGAUGUUCACGAAGGAUCAGUCACUGUGGCAUUUGAAAACAACUGGCAGCCAGAGCGUCAGAUCCCGUUUCAGGAUGUGCGCUUCCCUCCUCCAACAGGGUUCUGCAAGGAGAUAAAUGAGAGCGAUGAGGUGGAGGUAUAUUCCAGGGCUAACGACAAGGAGCCAUGUGGAUGGUGGCUGGCCAAAGUUCGCAUGGUCAAAGGAGAGUUUUACGUAAUAGAGUACGCUGCAUGUGACGCGACAUUAAAUGAGAUUGUGACGCUGGAGCGGUUACGGCCGGUUAACCCGAAUAAGCCAGCCACCAAAAACACCUUCAUCAAGAUCAGACUGGACGUACCUGAGGAUCUACGGCAGAUGUGCUCCAAGGAGUCAGCACACAAAGACUUUAAAAAGGCCGUGGGAGCGUUCAGCGUCACCUACGACUCAGAGAAAAAGCAGCUGGUCAUUUUGUCGGUGAAUGAGGUCACAACAAAGAGGGCCAACAUGAUGAGUGACAUGCACUUCAGGAGCCUCCGCACCAAGCUGUCGCUCAUGCAGAGGAACGAAGAGGCCAGCAGACAGCUGGAGAGCUCCAGGCAGCUGGCAUCACGGUUUCAUGAGCAGUUUGCGGUUCGGGAUGACCUGAUGGGUCUGGCCAUCGGGACUCAUGGGGCAAACAUUCAGCAAGCACGUAAAGUCCCAGGAGUCACUAACAUAGACCUGGACGAGGAGACGUGCACCUUUCACAUAUAUGGGGAGGACCAGGAUGCUGUACGCAUUGCCAGGAGCUUCCUGGAGUUCUCUGAAGAUGUCAUCAAAGUUCCCCGGAACUUAGUAGGGAAGGUGAUCGGCAAAAACGGCAAACUGAUCCAGGAGGUGGUUGAUAAGUCUGGGGUGGUGCGGGUUCGCAUUGAGCCUGAGAAUGACAAAAAGCCCUCGGCGGCAGCGGCGGCAGCAGCAGACGAGGGAAUGGUGCCAUUUGUAUUUGUGGGGACCAAGGAAAGCAUCUCCAAUGCUACAGUACUGCUGGACUAUCACCUCAACUACCUUAAGGAAGUGGAUCAGCUUCGGCUGGAGCGCCUUCAGAUAGACGAGCAGCUGCGACAGAUAGGAGGGGGAGGUGGAGGAGGAGGGACGGGGCCUCGAAACCUUAAAGACAAGGCCUACGUGUUCGAUAACGGCAUGGGGCUGGGGAUGGGGAGAGGAGCGGGCGGAGGCGGAGGAGGAGGGAAGCCCUACAUAGGAGGGGGAGGAAGAGGUGGCAGAGGGCGGAGAGGAGGAGGUGCGGCUUUCGCCUCAGGCACCAACUCAGAGGCGUCCAAUGCUUCAGAGACAGAGUCGGACCACAGAGACGAGCUCAGCGAUUGGUCGCUGGCCCCCACCGAGGAACUGAUGACAGGAGGAGGGACCCUGCCCAGACGGACAGAUGGGAGGAAGAGAGCAGGCGGAGGAGGGCUGCGGGGACGAGGGGGGAGAGGAAGAGGAGGGGGAGGGUAUAAAGGUGACGAGAUGCAGUGGAGCGAGCCGAGACCUCGUCACAUCAGAGACCCCAAGACGAGAGUCCAGGAAGACACUCUACAGAUCCGUGUGGACGGUAACAACGAGCGUAGCGUGCAGCACUCCUCAGGGGGGCGAGGAGGAGGAGGCCCUUCCUCAUCCCAGGGUGGCGUCAGCGCCGGCGGUGAGGGCCCAUCUCGUCAUCACCAUCAGAGGCCCAUCAGAGACCGAGGGAUGAAGAAGGACAAACAGGACGCUCCUCCGCUGGUGAACGGAGUGUCGUAGAUACACCACUGGAGGACCCUACUCACUUAGACACACACACACUCAGAAACACACACACACGCAGGCAACUUGUCAUAAACCAUCAUAGAGUCUCUCUCGUUUUUUUUCAUUCUCUGUCUUUGUCAAACACAUGAAUACACAUAUUUCAUCAGCAUGGAGGAGUUUACUGUAGUGAAGUCGUAGACCAGAGGAGAUCUGGUAUCUGCUGGUCUGCUCUGUUGAGGUACUGGUCUGGUUUGUUCUCGACUGAUCCGGUCUGGUACAUCCUGUUCUUCUCUGGAGUAACACAUAAAAGAAACAGCACUUUUUGGACAAAAGGAAAAGAAGAGGAGGGAUUUGACUAAAGCUCAUUUCUUACAGAGGCAUUUAUCCCAAACAUGCUCCCCCUCCCAUCAAAGGCAUAUAAUUGUUUACUUGUGUUUUAAAAUCAACUAGAUUGGAUGAUUUUUGUUUUUUCCGCUGCCCUGUUGGGACUGAUCACAACAGAAAACAAAAUGAGUAAAACAAAGUCAUGGAAAUAAUUGGUUGACAGGAAGCGAGGUGUUAUUACAGCCACUUCAGAAGGCAGGAUGAAAUAUGUUCCCUCCUCCUCCUCCUGCUGCACACGUUAAACUUAUUGUUACUGCAGAUGUUUAUUGUAGAGAUGAUCUGACAGCACUGGCGUCAGUGUUGCCCACAGGCUGAGAACUGAUGUUUGGUGGUCUAAAGGUCUCGCAAGCUAACGCUUGUGAGUCAAAAGGAGCGCAGCAUUGCAUUUAUAACAGAACUGUCCUGUGUAGAGAACUCAUUUAGCUUUGUUCAGGUGCAUUUCCAGAGAGACUUUAGAACUAAAUUGAUAAAUUCCUAAACUCUUUUAGUUAAUUUAGACCAACAUAUUGACACUUGAGCAAAUCAAACCUGCGUUUGGGAUCGGCGAAGUGGAGAGGAGUUCAGUUCUUGUUUCAAGAUGAAAAGCCAACAGGGAAGCAUGGGCAAUGAAAUUGCCGAUGAAUACUUAUCACUGAAGUCUGUGUUUUGUUUCCUGUUGCCUGGAUAAUGUAAACUUCCUUCAGUCUGUUGGAGUGUCAGACUAAGCGUGGGUUCAUAUUAGCCCUCGCAGUGGGGAACCAUAAAUCUGAGGCACUCUGAUGCAGAUAAACUGUUAAAGAGCCUCUACAGAAGCAGAGAUACUAACUCGGAGUCUUCAACAGGGAACAAAAUGUCAUGCACUGCUGUUCUUUUCAAAAUGACUUGUCAUGUGACUUUCGCUGCAGAAACCUUCAGUCCACACUGACUUCGUUCGACCUCCGUUCAGCCGUGUCUGCGCUCAGAAGCAGCAGUCUGUCAAUACUAGCUCCUGAGAUGCUGAGAGGACAGCGACUGGCCAAACUGUCUGUCAGAAAUUUGCCACACAAAAAUAGCUUUUAAGCAGGCUGCAUGAGGAUUACACAGGAAGACAGCGUUGUUUUAAUUUCUCAACUCAUUGGUUUUAUUUCCCUGCACAAUCUCCUUGAUCAGUCAUUACAAAUACCAUUAAUAACCUCAGAACACUGCAUGAACAGAUUGUUUGUGUGAAGAUUGCAUUUCACUAAAGGCGCCAGAGGAGUAAAAAAUAGAUUUAAGCAUAAACACAUAAACAGCAGAGGGUCAUCUCGAAGUCAGUGUGGAUUGAUGCAUUUGAAUCUAUGCCAUGAGAUGGACAUCAUAAACGCUUCUGAGAACCUUCUCUGUGGGGAUCAGCUUUGACACAAAAAAAACUAGACACUUAAAACAUCUACUGUAAAUCUCAGUACUCACUAUCUCAGAAAAUGUAGCAGUGAUAAAAUGAUUCUGAAUUCAGCCGACAGUGGCCAGAAACACAGGUGAAACCUGCAUAUUCACAACGGUGUACAGUCACUCUAAACUAAACUCCCUCCUGACUGAAGCCUUUACCACAGUGGUGAAUAAAAGCUUCCAGAGAAUCAAUCCGACACAUUCACAGCAACAUUUCUGCACUAGUUUCUAGCAGCUCUGGACCUUCUCAUUCAGUGAGGUUCUACUCUCCCAAUCCUCAUUUAUCUCAUUGGUAAAGACGUGCCAGCAGGAAUCUACAUCCUGUACCAGGCUGAUGAGAGCCUUUUCAACCUCAACAGUGGGACUUUUCACACAGAGGGCUUAGGACUUGGCUAAUUCCACUUAUUCACAUUUAACAGCAUUGUCAGAUGGACAGUGGCACAGUUAGUAGAGCAACUUUUGCUCUCAGAUAAACCUGAUCGGGUUGCAGGAUUCGGCGGCAACAUCAUGAUUAUAGAUCUCCUGUCACCUGAUCGCAUAAGCUUUUCUUUAAUUUAUGAAAACCUUUGUAUUUAACCUUUUGUUUUGCAGUUAGACAACCUAUUUGAAGUAUUACUGCAAAAAAAACGACAUCUCAUUGAGUUAUUAUCUUGACAAAAUAAACAUUUGGUGUAAAUUUUAUUCCUCCUGGUUUUCCAACUUAUUCUGUGCCCUCCACUCUUACCUAAACAUUUUGUCUGAUAGUCUUAUUUUAAGUUCUUAUUCUCUGUUAGCUGUAUUUUGUAAAUGGUAGGCCAGAGGAUGGAGUCUGACUUUACUUCCAGUUACACCAAACUGUAAUCGUCAUGAAACCACAGUAUCAGAUACUGUUGACCGUGAAGGGUGCAGCGCACCUUUUGUGUGCAUGAUCUAAACUGUGCAUUGAUCUACUUCUUGCUUUCAAAUUGCAGGACUGUGCAUGUCACAUGACUAAAAACCCGCUCUAGAGCCAGAGUGUAAAGUCAGGUUUAAUGUCUUCAGGUCCAGUUUUCUGAGCCUCCUUUGUGAGAUCUCCUCUCGAUUAUGAGCAGUGUCAGUCUGUCAGUUUUCUGCCACUCCUCUCAUCAUAAUGAGGCUUUUUUUUUUAUCUUUGUGCCUUGGAUUUAUGCUCCUCCGUUUCUGUGAGUUUGGCCCAUUCUAGAAAGCACCUGACUGCUUAGAAUAGAUCAAAGCUUUUUAUGCUGCCUGGUUUGAACCCAUCUGUUUUUGGGGUUUUUUUUUUUCAUACAUGGGUGUUUCUUGUAGGGGUGAUUCUGUGACCCUAUGCAUUUGUUUCAGUUCUUUUGGGGAGGUACGAUGGUGCAAGAUGACUUCUACAGUUUCUGUUGAUUCAUUCAGUCCCAAAACAGUUAAAGUCUUCUGUCGUUGCUCUAAACUUAUCUGCCUCGUGCUGGAGCUCUGAGACACACUGACAGACUUACACAAAAUAGGACUCGACUGUCGUGUCGUCAAAGUAACUCUGUCUAACCAGUGCAGGUUUCCAGACUUCAAACAAACAGACAAAACAAACAAUGUGUUGACUUUAGGCUCUCAUCCUGAGGUAAUCCAACCUGCUGUUCGGUUUGACACCUCAGAGAGUUACUGACUUCAUACAUCUUGUGCAUGGAAAUAUCCUUUGUGGCAUCAUCAAAAUAAGCCAAGUACAAUUUAGGUGGCAUGAAGGCCUUUGAAGCUCAUCUACAUUCUCAGUUGUCCCAAAUUGUAUCCUAAAAUGAACCUGACUGCCGUAACACAGGUGGGCUUGUGUAAAGUAUUUGUAGAUUUAUGAUUGAGGAGAGAUUGAUAAUAGCGUUAGUUUGAAUAAAACUGUUAAAAUGUGAGAAAGUCACUGUAAAACAAAAAUGCAAAGCAAAAAAAAAAAGUUUCUUGAGGUUUCUCUGAGCAUUCAUAUGCUGAUCAAUGUGUCAUGAAAACACUGUAGUACAUCAAAAUACUGCAUCUCACUGUAACAAGUCUAGUAUGAUAUUUAGGCUAGCAGAUUAGCUGUGUGUAAAUGUUACGGCAUCAAGUACUUAACAGGCAAAGUUAGCCGUUAAAUGUAGCUUCCCUUAUUGCGGCGCUCUGAAAGGUUUAUUUUGACAUUUUGGGAAAUAUCGCAUUCUUGCCGAAGGUUUGAUGAGAAGAUUAAUACUCACGCCUGGAAGGUGAAUAUCAAGCCGCAGCCAGACAGCAUUUAGCUUAUCUUAGCUUAGCUAAAGACUGUGAACAGCUAGUAUGGCACUUUCCAAAAUCUCUGUACUGGCACCUCAGAGGUCUUGUUUAAUCUGUACAAAAAAACUUCAAACAACCAUUUUUGGCCUGUAGCGGGGUGGAACUGCCUACUUCUGACCAGACACAGUGACUUUGUGGCUAGCUGUUUUCCAUUUUUUGUGCUAAGCUAUGAUAGCUGACUGCUGGUUCUAGCAUCGUACUAACAGACAGACGUGAAAGUGGUAACGAUCUUCUCAUCUAACUCUUGACAAGAAUUUUUCCUGAAGUGUUGAACUAUUCCCAUAAAAAUGUCUUCAGCAGUGUCUUCAGCAUAGCAUACUGUUACUGUACAGCAGGGUAGAUCAAUUUCGGACCAAGCAGAAAAAACACAAAAGAGAAACUGGACUUCAAAUUCAAAAUAGCCACUGACUUACCAUUUGGGGAAACAAACGCUCAUCUUGUAGCUAGAAAACUGCGAAUGCUCAGAGAAACCUCACCGUAUUUUGUGUGACAUGUGCCUUUAAUUGUGGCUAGUAUCACAACCUAGACAUGUAAAUCAGGGAUGAUGAGACGUUCAUAAUGGACCAGAUGUGUAAAGGUGGCUGCUUCCUGUUGUGACAUCAUCGACUCACCCUGGGUCGUCACCGGCCGCGCUGAGUAUUUCCGAGCUUCCUUUGAACUCAGAGGGCGGGCGUUAGCUGUACAGUGACUUUGACGCACCAGGGACCUGCCUGCUUUAACCUCCUGAUCCUUUUUAAACACUGACGGUGUUGUAUUCUUGUAUAGUCGACAAACAUGAGCCUGUAGCUUAUGACCUGGCUCAGCUGAUCUGUCAAAUGGAUUCAGUUACUUUCGUAGACUUGUGCAGUUCAUGACCGUGAGUGGCCACUUUGACGCCUUUGGUUCUGUUUCAAAGUCAAAGACCGCUGUUUCUCCACACAGACCCCUUUUUAAUAAUGUCAUCUUGAAAUGAAGAAUAGUGUAACCCAGUGAAACUUCAUUCACCCGCUCUCUAACUGAAGACAUGAAAGGAACUGAAAAGAUUUCAGAGGUUGAGCCAGGUCUCAUCUUUCCCAGAGAUCAGUGUAUCUUUCUAGUCUUGCGCUGCAUGUACAUCUUUAUUAUGGAUUUUGGAGACUUUCUGUAGGUUCAGACACAUGUUAAAAAGAGACAUACAUAAGUUUAGUUUUUUGAAUCAGUGUUACUUUGUUUGAUUUCUCCUCGACCUGAGUUCAGCUGCCAGUGAUGAGUCCGUUUUCUGGCAACCAUCAACUUGGAGUCACAUGGAGAUCUUAGAAAAUGUCAAAGAAAUGUUAUGUAACAUGAGUAAUGACUGAUGAAACAAGGUUUUUUUAGAAGUUAAUUUCUCUUUUUCAGAAGUAUUAUUGGUGUCAGUUUCUCUCUCACUAAUCGGUUAGGACCUUUGCUUUCACUGUCCCCAGUAAGCAUUCUCUGCAGUGAAAGUAACCUCUAUAUUGUCAAUAGAGCAUCACCAGUAUGGAGUUACUUUGUAUUGUAAAAAAAAAAAAAAAAAAAAAUCAUGAUGGAAAAAAGAAGGGAGGGUGGCAUACUGUAUAUAAUGAUGUCAUUAUUUGUCUGAGAAAAGAUUUGUACUAUUGUUUCAAAUGUGCACUUAUCCUGAUAUUUUCUCUUUUUUUGCUGUUUAAUAUCGGUUAAAUGCUAGAGCUCUUGAUAAUAAACUUAAUGAUGUGUGAAAAAAUAGUAUCCUCUGUAGCAGGGCUGAGCCACACACAGCUGUCAUUAAUAAUGAAAUGUCCAUAGUGCUGCAGAACUCGAAAAGUAGCGUUGCAUUACAGAAAAGGGUGAGUUUGUGUUUUUAUCUGACAGGGAAAAUCCACCCUGGAACUGAAAACCCACUUGGGAAUUUUGACCGACAUAAUGACUGAAUUUCAGUUUUCUGACAGACAGUGUUUUUAGUGAAGUUUGGGUUCAUUUUCUGCCUAAUUUCAGUUGCCGCAAUAUGUGCAUUAAAGCUGAAAGUGAUACUCCAAAUAUAUGAUUAAUUUCACCUGUAGGGUUGGUGGCUCUUUAAAGUAGGCCGCUUUGUCUGUAAUAGAGAAUAGGGGUCAUAAUGGAUGUCUGGAGACAUUUCAGUGGACAUUUGGACACUGUUAGACUCCCUUUAACUGACUGAAAGCAGCAACUUUUAAAGACCACCUUUACAUUUUGGGUGGAUUCGUGGGAAAGUACAGUUAUGACCUUGGGAACAAUUAUUUGACCCCACAAAAUCUGCACUCAGAGUCCACUUAUUAGCUUUUUAGGGGUCUUUCAACCACAUCUCACGGUCUUCCUCGGCAGAUGAAGUUCGUUGUUGCUUACACUCACCUGUUGUCACAUGACCGAAGUUCUGUUGUUAGGUCAUGGAGGAGGAUCCUGGGAUUCAGUUAAAAGCUCAGGAAACUAGCAAGUGGACUUUGAGUUAACAUUUUUUCAUCAGAUGUUGACUGGAGUGUCAUUUUAUAAAUAAUAACAAGAAAAAAAACUAUUUUAAGAUUUAAAGGAAUAAAUGAACACUUUCAGAAAUUGAGUUAGAUGAGACAGUCGAUAUCAAGCUCAGGUCUGUGCCCUAACAGCCAGGAAACCGUUAGCUUAGCAUAAAGACUAGAAGGCAGCUGUCCAGAUUUCAAAAAUAUACUUAAGAUGAUAAUCUCAUUUGUGUUGAACACCAAGAGAAAAGUAAGAAGUUGGAAUAGUUCUGGCACAUAAGUCCCUGUGUAAACAACUUUCAGUUUGUGUACAGAUUCAACAAGUGAGGGACCUUCAGUGACCUGGGUCAGGGUCAGGACAGCCAGGCUGCUCCCUCCAGUCCAUAUGUCAAGCUAAGCUAACUGUCUUCUGGCUCCUCAGUCUGCACAGACAUGAGAAUGGUCUAGAUUUCAUCAUCUAAAUCUGUAUUUUCCAAAAUGUAACAGCUCUUUCAAUCUCUGUUCUGCCAGCAUGAAGAGUUUGCCUCUGACAGCACCCUGUGGGAGGAAUGUUUUAUGGUGGGUUUUCCCUUUAAUUCCCAGUCACCAGACUGAUGGCUAAUGUUAAGUGUUUCCUUAAGAUUUUCAACAUUCCUUUUAAUAUUCUUUUCUUUUUGACUGGUGUAAAAUUUCGAUAAGGCUAAGCCAGCAUGGUGCUGGUGGUGAGACUCAUCUCCCAAAAGCCAGUUCCCCUUGAACUGACAAAAAGAGCCACAUGCAGGUUUGCUGCAUGAAGGUGUGACAGACCUUGGGGCUACAUAAGUUGCUGAGUCUACACAGGUCCAACCUUCACAUCAGCCCUGUUGUGUCACGCCAGAGACAAUGAGUUUCUUUGCUUCUGCGGCUGUGCUUCAACCUGCUUGUUGGUGUAUUUUAUUGUGCCUCCAAACACCAGGUUAAAGGUGUACGUACUGCUGAAAUUGAAUGAGCAAAAGCAGUUGAAUGGCUUUUUCAUGCUUUGGUUUGAUUUUUAGGGACAUUACUAACAAACUGUAAUGCUAGACCAAGGCUUGUACUAAAGUGGUUAAUGUUAAUUUAAAAAAAUGUGGGAGGACUGUUGCAUGCUGACCAGUUGGGGUCUUUCAAGAACUGUUGCUAAGAAAGCAUUUUGACUAUGGGAAUCUCCAAUAACUGACUGGUUGUGACAUCAAUAUCCAAUCCUGCUGUUUUCCAGUGACCUGCUAUGGAAACGACUACUUAAGAUACUGCAUACAGUCGAGAUCACGGCAGAACAAUAAAUGCAGCAUUGGAAAGCAUUGCAGAUGUGGUCAUAUGGAAAGCUGCACAGGAACCCUACAAGUAGGUUUGUGAACCAUUUGGGAUCCAAACCAAGGAACAGUGUUCGCACAUUUAAUUCCCAGGAUCAAGCUGAGUGCAUUUUGAUUCAUGCUGGCGAUUUAAGGUGUCACAUGGGUUACCCACUGGCACUAUGAUAAACAUUGCUGUGGACAUCCGAGUUUUGCGGAUGGACUGUUCUUAAGAUGCUACUUAGCACUGUCUUAUGUUUGCUGUUUUGGCAUGGCACUGCGCUCAAUGCAGUCCUCUGUCUCCAGUACAUUAGAACAGUACCAUAACAUGUACUGUGGUCCCCCAUGAAGUAGACCGGCACCAUCAAAACUGUACAAUCCUUAAAGCUGGAGUUUGCUUCUUUAAAAUACUGAAUUGCUGUGAACUCACGUGGAACUUUUCAUAUUAAAACUGGAACUGUAUGUUCUGUUAACUCAUUCCAUGAACGGAUGCUGUGAAGUCGUUCUCGUAAAACUUCUGGCUGUAAUGUCUAUCAACAGAUUAUAUGGAGUGAGAUCGAGGGUUUGGAUCACAGAUCUGUGGCUUCAGAUAGUUGGAUCUUUCCAGCGUCUUCAUUGUAAACAAAUGAAGUUACAGAGUGAAAUUAAAUUGGAUUACAGAAAAUAAAUUCUGGCAGCUUUUCACAUAAUGACAAGUUUCAUGUCAGUUGACAGGGUUGAUGAUAGUUUUGUAUGUUGAGGGUGUUUUCCAGCAAAGUGCUUUUCUUGAUAUUCAGCUGUUGUCUUGAAAGGUGUGCUGUU